UAAGUAAGGUUCCUGAAUUCAUGCACUUUUUAUAGGAGGGGACAGCGCCGAUAAGAAAACUACCACUAGGAGUCUUUUGGUUUGCCGCAUAAUCUGUUUCUUGUCCAAAGGCAAACAGACGGUCACAAACAGCAUCAUUACAGCUGAUAACACUUGGACAGCGGCACAAACUCUUUCCUGGACGCUGGGCAACAAGCACACACCGUUCCUUGCCCCACUGCCUUAGGGUCAUGUUCGUAAACUUUCAGCGCCAAGCACACACAUUUAACAAGGCUUUCAGGGGAUUUGUGGGCAUUUCCAGUGGUAGUAGUUUUAUGACCUGGUGGUAGUCUGGCAAAGUUCCUGCACCAUGAAGGUAAAGAAACACUCAAGAUGACGCGUUUAACCUCUUCCUUGGCCUUUAGAAAUGACUGAGGUAAGAGAAGGAUGUGUUUGAGAAUAGUGACCUUAGAGCACCGGACUGUUACUUAGCCUUGUGUUACAGCGUGCAGCGUGUUGCCUGUGUUAAGUUAAGUCACGGUGUGUUGGUGGCCGUGUUUCUGAUUAAGGCAAUAUAUAAAGAUUCUAAUUGAUGGCAACAUAAAACUGUCAUUCAUGAGCGCUGUAAUUACAAACCACUAUCUUUUAUUAACAUAUUUUAAGGAAGGAUUGUAUUUCAACCCAAUAGAUAAGGAAAACACGAAACACAAACAGGAGCUAUACAGUCUGUAUGUGGGGUACGCGCUGAGGGUUAGGGGAAGUAACUCGUGAGGGAACCCGUAGUGCCCACACAUUAGGUGUUAUCCGUUUUGCUUUACAUAGAGUGAGUUAUUAUUUGGAACAAUGUGGUAUAAGUUGGAAAAUCUUUAAUUAAGGUGGCCGGAGCUCCUCAUAGUUGCAACAGUGAACAAAGAUGACAGCGUGUGUGUGCGAGACGUCGCCGAGAGGAUAUCCUGUCCCAUGCUGAACACGUAGGCUCGCUUAUCCACACACAGAGAUACACUCGCCAUGGUGCAGACCGGUGUGCUUGUCGCUGCCUUGCUCGCUCUGGGUGCUGGGGGCGCCCUCAACCCCGCCUCGGCCUGGCAGUGGUGUGGCGGCCCUGAUAAAAAAGUCGGAUACUCGGAAGAAAACGAAGUGAUGUCUUUCAAUGCAGUAGGAAACAAUCUGUGGGCCAAGAGGUACGUGCAGCCGGGGAGAGAUUUUGCAGGGAUCAGCGUCAAAGUAAAUCAAGGGAAUGCUCAACACGUAGCUUGGUUCCCUGCUGCCCCUUGCUUCCCUGACACAGGAGAGAAGUGGGCGAGGAUGAAAGUGAACGUAACAAAGCACGAAGGCUGGGAUCGUGGUAUAAAAUAUUGCCACAUUAUCUUUGAUCUGGUUACUGAUUAUUGCCGAGGGAACUGCUAUCGUUAUGAGCGUGUCGAAUGUCAGUCCCUUGGAGGUCUGAGUGUUGUGGCUCGUGGGCCCUCAAGCUGGAAAAGUGGCCAUCCAGGAAAAAAAUGUCUUGUAAAUGUGAGGUGGAGUCCAUCGGUCUCUUAUGAGUACACCUGUGAGAACCCUCCAUUCAGGCCACCUUCACGCACUAUCCCACCUACAACCACCACCACAACCACAACCACGACUACAACAACCACAACUACAACCACCCCAACAACUACAUCUGCGUCUUCGUCUCCGUCGGUGGUGCUGCUGAUAGUGGUGCCGGUGGUGGCGGUGGUGAUAUUCCUGGUGAUAGUGGUGGUGGUGGUGGUGGUGGUGGUCUGCCGCAGGCGACGAAGACGCAGAUCAGCGGCAUCACGGAUGGGGGUCCAGUAUCAUCACCAGCCUGACCCACCCACACCCACACAAGACCAUGUCAUCGAGAACAACCUGUAUGAACCUCUCCCUGGACCUGCCAACCCUGGUGCUACAUGUGAACGGCAAGGGACGGUAGUAGUGGAGAACGAUCUCUAUGAACCACUCGGUGUCCCUCGUACCAGCACCACCAGAGGACACACCCAUAGAUGAAGACACUGACUUGUAUAAUAAAGAUUCCUAUAAUAUAACGACAAGGGACAGCAGUCGUGGAAAAUGGUCUCUAUGAACCACUCAGUGUCCCUCGUACCAGCACCACCAGAGGACAUACUUUAAUAAAAAAAAGUAAUGUGUAUGAUAAAGAUUCCUAUAAUUGAACUCGACCAUGCUGAUUAUGAAGCUUAGAUACUGUCAUGAACCAACUGAAUGCGCGUCCUGUUAUUAAGUAAGGCUUAAGUAAGUUUAAGUAAGGUUCCUGAAUUCAUGCACUUUUUAUAGGAGGGGACAGCGCCGAUAAGAAAACUACCACUAGGAGUCUUUUGGUUUGCCGCAUAAUCUGUUUCUUGUCCAAAGGCACACAGACGGUCACAAACAGCAUCAUUACAGCUGAUAACACUUGGACAGCGGCACAAACUCUUUCCUGGACGCUGGGCAACAAGCACACACCGUUCCUUGCCCCACUGCCUUAGGGUCAUGUUCGUAAACUUUCAGCGCCAAGCACACACAUUUAACAAGGCUUUCAGGGGAUUUGUGGGCAUUUCCAGUGGUAGUAGUUUUAUGACCUGGUGGUAGUCUGGCAAAGUUCCUGCACCAUGAAGGUAAAGAAACACUCAAGAUGACGCGUUUAACCUCUUCCUUGGCCUUUAGAAAUGACUGAGGUAAGAGAAGGAUGUGUUUGAGAAUAGUGACCUUAGAGCACCGGACUGUUACUUAGCCUUGUGUUACAGCGUGUUGCCUGUGUUAAGUUAAGUCACGGUGUGUUGGUGGCCGUGUUUCUGAUUAUGGUGACUUUCCAGCAGCCAGAAAAUGUAAAUGUUAAUGGUAAAUGUAGUGUAAGCAAGUAAGUGUAAUGGUUGAUGAAUACUGCAGCAGGUUUUGGCUGGUAGAGGAGGCAUUCCUCAAGGUGAUAUAUUUCGUCACCUAUUUAACCGGUUGUACUUUUAAUAUCUCCAUGUUGAAUUGAAUGAACACUUUUUUUUGGCCUUUUGUGUUAUGAUUUUGUAGUAGUUAAUAAUGCUUGCUCAUCACUUCCUGACAUAUAUAAUAAAGCAAACUGUCAGGGGUUAGAUAAGUCACUUGUGAAGGGUUUGUUUGCCUUACAGAUGUUACUGUCUAUUGGCCAGGUCGACAGUCCAACACAGUCACUGUCAGCGCCCAAACCAAACCAUAUUCCCCACAAUGACCCGUUAUUUAUACUCAAUACCAGGUACUAAUAAAGAGAUUUACUAUAAAGCUUCCUAAAAUUCCCUCCUCCUUUUUAUAUCAACGCCAAACACUGGAGCUACAAGGAACUUUUGUUGUAUUCUGUGUUUGGUUUUGGAGCUGACAAACCUGAUGUAUUGGCUGUAAACUGUCCCAUGUAACUGCUUCUCCAGACCUGAUGUGGAGCACCGUUAUGUUGUUAUAUAAAACUGUCCCAUGUAACUGCUUCUCCAGACCUGAUGUGGAGCACCCUUAUGUUGUUAUAUAAAACUGUCCCAUGUAACUGCUUCUCCAGACCUGAUGUGGAGCACCGUUAUGUUGUUAUAUAAAACUGUCCCAUGUAACUACUUCUCCAGACCUGAUGUGGAGCACCGUUAUGUUGUUAUAUAAAACUGUCCCAUGUAACUACUUCUCCAGACCUGAUGUGGAGCACCGUUAUGUUGUUAUAUAAAACUGUCCCAUGUAACUACUUCUCCAGACCUGAUGUGGAGCACCGUUAUGUUGUUAUAUAAAACUGUCCCAUGUAACUGCUUCUCCAGACCUGAUGUGGAGCACCCUUAUGUUGUUAUAUAAAACUACUGCAAGUUCUCCGUGAAGGUGUUAAUACAUGUAGAAGGGUGAGUGAAUACACUCUUCAGGUACUUAUUUAUAACCAAUACUUAGGUUAGUACAUGUAUCUAAACUGUUCUACAUAUGACUGGACAAAAGUAUAGGACCUUGUGUGACUAGAUAAUUGCUCUGCUGCAGCACAGGAUGUGUAUCUGCUUUAUAACAUUACACACUGAAUCUGCCUGUGAUGACCUCUUGUACAUUAACCACUAUCUUGAUAAUAAAACAUCUUCUUUAGGUCUUACAGACAACAAAGUUAUCUGUUUGUAAUAAACCUUGGCUGUGGCCUCUGAGGUGUGUUGAUGUGCGUAGUCCCAGGAAUCUUUCUAUGACAACUGUACCCCAAACGUUUCCCAAGUGUUUCGGCAAACCACUGGGAUACAUUUGAAUACCCUCGGGAAAUAAUGUUUCCUGUCCACACCCAGGAUUGUUCUCAGGAUGUCGGUGUGUGCGGAGACUGCUGCAAUGGCCUCUGUGUUUUAUACUUAUUAUUGCACUCACUGGAGAGCAAGAAGAAGACAAGGAAACGCGUAUGGGUGCGGUAGUUUAUAGAAAGUUGAGCAUUACAGAAUGACAUCAUCAAAGUUCCCAAGUCCUUGGAAGUGUGCUCAAGGAGUCCCAAGCGUGCGAGAAACCUUGGGCAUGUUUCAGGAAAGCUCCCAAGCCUUGGAACUCUGCCUAUCUCGCUCGCCGCCUUGGGAGGCCGUGCGGGGUCUCCCAAGCUCUCCCAAGGAAACAUGGCAGCCGAUGAACAACCCCGCCAGCACCGGCCAAGGAAUUUUCGCCCGAGAAGGGACAUCUUCAACGAGUACGAUGACACCGAGUUCAAGAAGAGGUACAGGUUGAAUUGUGGUGUUGUGCCUGUUUUCGUCACUGACUUGGUGCGACACGUGACUGGCAACAGGACUGAGAGGAGCCGCGCGGUCAUAGCGGAGCUGAAAGUGGCGUUGACUCUGCGAUACCUCGCCACCGGGAAAAUGCAGCAGUGCAGCGCAGAUGACUUUGAACUAUGAAAGGGUGAUUAAUAUUAACAUGCCAGUUUUUAACUGUAUUAAUAAUAUUAGAGAAUAGUAUAACAGAUAUUAACCCACCCACAUACCUUGAGAUAUUUUCUACAUUCACUGUUUUUGUGGAUGUAUAAUUGUUUAAUUUCUAGAGCUAUAUCCAACCUCCAACUAUAUUUCUCAAUGAGUUAUACAGUUAUACAGUCUGCGCCUCCCCAGGGUGAUGAUGGAAGUUUUGCGGCCCGUAUGUAGGCGGGGCCUGGCGGGGCGGGGCCU